CGCUCGGUGGAGUAGUGCUGCGUCUGUCACAGCCAGAAAGAGGAACUGUUACACCCUGUUGUGGGUAAACCGCUUUGUAUCAGUGUUUAAAGCUGCUUCGCCCUGACCACUCAGGAAUGAAGAGCAAGACUAAACAGUUUAAUUCAAUCUAGCGACCAGAGUCUGAUUUGGACCUUUCACAGUAAGUCAGCUGAAUGGAGCAGCAGCAGCAGCAGCAACGGGGCCUCUGUAGCUUCACCCCGGUCCGGGCUGCAUGCUGUGGGGCUGGGGUCUCCACCGGUCAGCCCACCAUGCGAUUGUCCAUCACCUCGACCACCGGCAGCCCGGUGGAGCUUACUGUCCCCCGAGGAGAGACUGUGGAGGGACUGAGGACACACAUCUCCCAAAAACUCAGACUGCAAACAGACAGGAUCGUCCUGCUGUUUAAAGACAGGCAGCUGACUGCAGGGAAACUGUUGGACUUGGGUGUAGCAGAUGGUAGCAAACUGACCCUGGUCCCUGUCAUUGAAGCUGGUUUAGUAUGCUCGUCUGCCAGAGCUGAAAGAACUAUGAUGGACGUUUUGGAAAGUUUAACAGAAGUCCAGAUCAGUGACUUCCUGUCUGGACGCUCAUCUCUGACCAUUAACCUGGGAAUUGGUGCCCAUGUGAUGUAUGUGCAGCUCCAACUGUCUGCGCAGAACGUGGCGGAGCUGCAGCAGCACCGGGACAUGAGAGCCGGGACCAGCAGCCAGCUUCGAACUGGCCUGCCCGCUGCUGUCAGGAUGAACCACCCUGACUCUGUCUCAGCCUCCACCAACACCACAGGAUCCACUACCUCACCUGCUUCCCAAACCUCCACUCCAGCCCCGAACUCUCCUGACUCUAUAUCCUCGAUCCAGUUCAGCGCUCAAAGACCCAGGACUGCCUUUAAUUCAACACCUCCCGCUUCCCACUCAUCCACCACUGCCCCUGCUGUGGGCUCAUCUCCCCACUCUACACAUGCAUCUCUUCCUGUUCUUUCAACCCCUUCUUUGCCUUCUGGUUGUCCACAUCCCAGCGGUUCACUACAAGCAGCCACACCAGUCUGCUCACCUGUUCCCACCGGCUCCAUUCCUGGACCCCAGAGCCCAGUGCCAGCCUCAACCUUUAAAGAGAGUAAUGUUCGUGCCUCAGCCUCUGCAGAGCUGUGUAAGCAACCAGGAGCAGUCAUAGAAAGUUUUGUGAGCCACUCUCCAGGCAUCUUCUCUGGGACUUUUUCUGGCACUCUGGCCCCAUGCAGUCAGAGCGGCACCAGCCAUCCUCGAGGUGGCAUCGCCAUCAUUCUUCAGAUCCUUAAUGACCUCAUCAGAGCUGCCUACCACCACCAGGGGGCUCCACCUGCCCUCCCUCAUCUCCACUUUCCUGCUUCAGUCAGCCCGCUGCUUACAGCCGAGGAGCAAAACAAAGCAAAAAACAAAACACUGGAGACCCAGAGGGCAGAGAGCCUCAGUAAAACUCCAGGUGAGAGUCACACCUCCCACUCAUCCACACAGGAAAAUCAAGCACUGCACUGUAAGCUAGAGCGCCUGCAGUUUUUGAUGCAUCAGAGGCGUCUUCGCAGGCGGACUCGCAGGAACUCACACCUCUCGCAAACGUCUCACCCGUACCAACAUCGUCACCAUCGUCCCUAGUCUACUGGACAAAAAAAUAUCUACCCACUGUGAUAGCAGUGGCAGCUUUUUACUGAGUGGGGGCCGGAGCUGACCUCUGACCUUGUGGAAUAGGUGAAAGCAGCAGAGCAUAUGCUUUGUUGCUAUUUUUUACGCCAUGAGCGUUUCUGAAGAAUGUAAACCCAAAAGAUCCGAAGACUCUGUCUCAUGUUGCUGCCACUGUACUGAGCAUGUUACUUCAUGCAUACAAAUGGCUUUCAUUGUUAUGUAGCAUAUGUCACAACCCAUUUUAAUGUUAAACAUCUUGGUGUUUUGUACAAAGACUGUAUGUGUGUUUAUGUAUUCCUGUACUGUAUGUAGUCCAAUGCCUUAACCAUACAUGUCUUGAAUGUAAUCUGUAUGUUUUGUUCUGUGCAGAGGACAUUCCUCUUAAAUGUUUUACUUAUGCAAAAUUCAGAUGUAAACACAAAAAAUAAAAAAUAUGCAAAGAAUAAAGGAAAAAAA